AACAACAACGAACAGGUUAAUGUUGUGGAAAAAUGAGAACAACGCGCGCAUUAGAGUGAAACAAAGGUUGUGGUUAGUAUACAGCCUGAGGUAUGUGAGGAUAUAUCAUAUAGACAAAAGAAAUAUCAAAAUGGCUGAUCAGGAAAAAGCAGUCGGAACCAAGAAAGAUUCAGUAACUGUUGUAAUAGCGAUGGAUGGAAGUGAAUAUUCGGAUUACGCAUUGCAAUUUUAUAAAGACUGUCUCCACAGGCCAGGAAAUAAGGUCUUAAUUGCACACAAUAUAGAAUACAAGAUUGUCUCGCAUCCUGCUGUGGCGGUGAUGACCGGGGCUGCUGAUUCAACACUUGUCACAAGAGAAAUCGAACAAGCAGAAGUAAGGGCAGCUGAACUUGUUGAAAGGCUUAAACAAAGAAUGACAGAAUUACAGGUUGAGGGAAGUGUUGAGAAAAUCCACGGCGAAACUGGACCAUCUAUUGUCACCUUUGCAACUGACAAUAAAGCCGAUUAUAUUGUUGUUGGUUGUCGGGGUAAAGGGGUUCUGCGGAAAACGUUCACCGGAAGUGUCACUGAUUAUAUUACUCACCACUCCCAUGUUCCCGUGAUUGUUGCAAGGAACAUCGACCAUUUAGAGAAACUUCACCUACACAUGCCCUCUUUGAAGAUUUUCAAGAAAGGAGAUGGUCCAGGGUCUCCAAAGUGAGCAGUCUUCUCAGAACUCUAAAUAAUAACAACACAACAUAAACAUAUUGAAUAACACAUUAUACUCCACGAAUGUUUGUUUACAAGUGCUUAUUUCUUGUCUACACAUAAAUGGAAUAGGUUCUAGUUCAUAUUCUAUGUUCAACAUGGGAAUUCUUGAAUGAAGUUUUUCAAGGGCAAUUGUGCUUUGGUGGAUUGUAUAUUGGUUGCGAGGCUCGGAAGAAUGGGUGAAUUACGCAGUGUAAAUAUUCAUUAGUUCAUAUGA